UGCCGCUUAUACCCCCUAGAUGGCGUUGCUAAGCUCACGGAAAUCGUCUGCAGUGUCUCGCCGAUCUGUUCUUCGAGAUUCCUGCCACGGGAUCGAUGUUUCUUGCUAAAUUUUCGUAUUUUGAAGUUUCCAAAAUGAAACUUUUAUUUUUAUUCAUCUGUGUGUUUUCUCUGAUGCAAAGUACCGUGGCUGAUCAUGAGGUAUCUGCAUCACAGUUUUUAAAAGGAAAAACUCACACGAACAACUGGGCUGUUUUGGUUGAUACUUCUCGCUUCUGGUUCAACUACCGACACGUGGCAAAUGUACUGUCAAUGUAUCGCUCCGUUAAAAGACUUGGGAUCCCAGAUAGUCAAAUCAUCCUGAUGGUUGCAGAUGACAUGGCAUGUAAUCCUCGCAACCCAAGACCUGCAACUGUAUUCAAUAAUGCACAACAGCAUAUCAAUGUUUAUGGAGAGGAUGUUGAAGUUGAUUACAGAGGAUAUGAGGUCACUGUUGAAAAUUUUGUUCGGCUUCUUACUGGCCGUCUGGCUCCCAGUACUCCAAGAUCAAAACGCCUCUUGACUGACGAUGGAUCCAAUAUCCUGAUAUACAUGACUGGCCAUGGUGGAGAUGGUUUCUUGAAGUUCCAGGAUUCAGAAGAAAUUACAAAUGUUGAAUUAGCUGAUGCUUUUGAGCAGAUGUGGCAAAAGAAACGGUACAAUGAAAUCUUAUUUAUUAUUGAUACCUGCCAAGCUGCCUCUAUGUAUGAACAUUUCUAUUCUCCAAACAUUUUGGCCAUUGCAUCCAGUCUGGUUGGUGAAGACUCACUCUCGCAUCAUGUAGACCCAGCUAUUGGAGUCUACAUAAUAGACCGUUUCACAUACUAUGCUCUUGAAUUCCUUGAGAGAGUGACUCCUGACAGCAAGAAGACAUUGGCUCAGUUUCUGCAAGUGUGCCCAAAGCAAGUCUGCAUCUCUACAGUUGGUGUACGGAGAGAUCUGUAUAAGAGGGAUCCAAAUAAUGUCCUAAUAACAGAGUUCUUUGGGUCAGUUCGAAAUGUAGAACUUACAAAUCAGCUUCUGGAUCUUCCCUUGUGUGAAAGGGCUGAUCAGCUUCAGAUAAAUGACUCCAUAGAAAGUGAACCAAGAGAUGAAAAUGUUGAGGCCCCAAAGAAAUUAGUUUUUGCUAAUCAGCUGCCUCUUCAUCGAUCAUCAUAGAUAACCAGUUUGAGUUUGUGUUAAUAGUCUGCAUGCUGCAAAUACUGGUUUUUGUGAUUAACAAUUUUUUUUAUCAUUAAUUUCCUAAAAUUGAAAACUAGUAUACACUAACUACGAAUUUUUGGAGUGUAAUAAUAAUGAAAAGAUGAGGUCUUCAGGUUUGUAUUGUCAUUUUGAUCAUCUUGUUUUACAGUGAUUUUUGACAGUCUUGUAACCAUGAAGUUGCUUAGUAUGCUGUACUAAAAUUCAGAAAAAUAUAAAUACAGUGGACACACGCAAUGAAACAUAUAGUUGGUACAAAUAUCUUUACCUAUAAGUGCAAAUGAGUAAAAAAAAAAAAAUAGCUUUUCAUCUCGGACAUUGAAUGGCAGAUAAUAUUUGAUAUUUUUGACAUGUGAAAUAUAUUAUUUUAUUCAGAAAAUCAUAUUAUAUGGCUUUUAGGGCUUACUACUUGAAUUCUUUGGAAAUACUAGACAUGAUAAUAAGAUAAAGAAAUGUUUGUAUUAGCAUUAUGAAUUUUUCUUGAUAAGGCUCAGCUGUGAUCAUAAACUGUUCAAAGACAUAUUAGGAAUAUGUGUUGUGUAUGAGUACAUUGAAAGCCCCACUUUAUAAGGUUCUUUUUUUAUUUUCUACGUGUGAAUGUGAAUUGCUGCUGAAAACCAAAUGUUAGAGCCAUUUCUUCAUUUUUAAUAGUGAUGAAUGUGAUCUCAGUUUAUUUAGGAUACUAUUUAUUAUCUCAAUACAUAUUUUUAGCAUGGGAAGGAUUAUUUCAAUAAAGUUAUUUAUUUAUCUUCCAUAUUAGCAGGCAUUGAAAUAAAUCUUUAAAACUGGGGCAGUAGAAGCUAUAGACAGAGUUCUUGUAUGUUGUGAACUUACUUCACAGUAGCCACAAGCUUUCCCCAGAAUACCAGUUUUAUCAUAGAACACGUGUCUUUUAUGCACAUAUUUCUGUAUAACUUCUGUUUCUGAUGUCUAGUUUUCUUAGAAAUAUAAAUCCAAUACCUUCAUCCAGGAAUAUAACUUUUUUUUACUCCCUUGACUGGAGAAUAAAAUAUUCUGGUUAUGUUUUUCUUAUUCAACUUUCUUUGGAAUGAUCAUUGAUUAUAAGUAGAUUUACAUGUACAGUACUAUUUUUUUAUCUGUUAGAGAAUGAAUAUGUAGUACUUUAUGGUGUUACUAUGCUGAAUCACCUCAGCAUAAAGCGUGGAAAAAUUAAGGCAAUGCUUGCACUGGGGUAUAUUUCUCAUUUUUCAUUUUUGUACACAUUUAUAAGCAAUUUUAUAUUUCUUAUGAAAUGAUUGUGAUAGUAAAACUAAAGGAAGAAAUCAUGCUAUGGAUAAUUUUGUCUAAUUUGAAGAUAAUCUUAUCCUAUUUUGUGAAUAUGUUUAUUCUGUAUAUAUAAAUCCUAGGUUUGUGUUGGGAAGAUGUACAUGUCCUUGUAUCACGUGACUAAAAUUAAAGAUGUGUGUAAAGCUGAUAUCAUAAAUAUGCUUACCCAAAAGUGUUUGUUUUAAACAAAUUAUUCUGUGAUGUUCUAUGUCUGUCUCUCCCUCCACACAGAUAUAUGCUGAUAGGUGUGAGCCUGUACAGGAGAGCUUACUAGCAAAGAAUAGCAAGGCACUGAAUGCCUUAAUUGCUUAAGUGGUUCUCUAAGAAGGAAAAUUAUGUGAAAUUAGAUUUUUUUUUUUUCUAAAAUGGAAACUUCCAUUUCUCAUUUUCUGCUCUUAGCUAAUUUCUGAAUUUCAUACACCAAUCACCGAGAGGUAUUUUUGGUUUUUACUGUGUUACAGUAACAAUUCCACAGCAUUCUGCACCCCAAAUAUGAUUAUUCAGAUAAUUCAUGUUAAUAUUGGAGAAAAAACUUGUUCAUAUAAGUAAUGUGAUAUGUACUGAAAAAAUAAGAACACAUGCAAGCAUUUCAUCUUUAUUUUAUAAUCACUGAAAGAAAAUUUCAGUAAUAAAUUAAACUAUACAACCAAGUAACAUGAAAUGUUUCAAAAUUAAGUUUUCAUAAGAAUGGAGAAUGAGAUUCAACUGGAACAAAAUGAAAGCAAUUGGAUACAGAAUGAGUUGAGAGCAAAGAAUAUUACACCUUUUAUAUAUAUAUAAAAUAUAAAUAUUUUAACCAUU